GACCUUGGAAGAGCAACGGAUGAAAUUGAUCGAUCGCGAAGCCUUCCCUGUCACAUCGGUGAUCAAAUGGGAAACCAAAAUGGAACGAGGUUUCGCAUCUGCCAAAGACAUGAUCGACAUCAUGUACCACGCCACGAUAGCACCAGGGAUCACUGAAAAAGUGCCCGAACACCUCCGAGGAGUCUAUUGGAUGAAGGACAACGGCGUUGGUGAAGAGUUGGUGGUGAUCCAAUGGGGCCAGUGGUACGAGGAGGAGGGUGUCUUACUGGUGCCAAUGGCCAGCUUCAUGUGGGCUUGGCCCGAUGGUAUUCCAACCAAUGCACCAUUCGGCGGCGUCAUGUAUGGGCCGCAGACCACCGUCACCGGCGCCAGAGUGUUGCUUGGAUCUGGGAAGCCUCCACCAGACAAGAAUGGCCCCGGCUGUUUGUCCUUCAAAUUCAAUCGCGAUAUGAGCUACGGCACUCUGCAGGGACAUUUCAAUGACGUCCGCGAUGAUACCGUGGAUUUGGGGACCUUCAUUCCUUUCUGUGGCCUUUUCACCAUGGAACUCUUGGACUCCCAAAGCAGUGAGCUCGGCUCGCGCUAUAAGCGCGGCAUCUGGUGGGGCCUCGGAACCUUUACGCCGAUCGAAUUUGGAUCUUACACGCUGACCAAGGUCAUGAAAGGAAAUGGCGAGCCCAACGAACCCUACUACAGCGAAUUUGUGGAAUACAUGGGCGAUGUACGGCUGUUCACCUGGUCGGGUUUCGUUGAUCAGCCUGAACAGGCAACAAUGGGCUGCGGUUGCUGA